CAAGGCUGGUGUGCUGAUGCCUGGCUGUGCCCAUCCACCACCCAAAGAUGAUGGCCAGUGGGAUGCCAGUUUUCCUGCUCCUCCUCUGGACAACAAACACACCUCAAGGUGCAGGAGUUCAGGUUUUGCCACCUGUUAAUUUCACCCUCACAGUCUCUGCAUUAGCACAAGUGCUGUUACACUGGGAGCCAAACCCUGCUCAGGAACAAAACAACUCCACCAUCAGAUACGAUGUGAAAAUCCUGAGCCCUGAGCCAGAAGAGUAUGACACCAGGAGGACUCAGAGUGUGCGAACAGCGGCGCUUCACAACGGCUUCUCCGCCCGCGUGCGCACCUUGCUCCUCCAGGAGGACCUCCAGAUGAGCAGUGACUGGGUGGAGGGAAACCUCCCACCUCUGCCAGGUGCUGCAGAGACCUCUGUCACCAACCUGUCCUGUGUCACCCACGUCACCAUCUCUGGCAAUGUCUCCCUCCAUUGCACUUGGCUCCCUGGCCAAGGGGCUCCAGAAGACACCAAAUACUUCCUCUUUUACAGGUAUGAGACACACACAGAGGAAUGUCCCACUUACACCAAGGACAAGUGGAGCAGGAAUACCGAGUGCAGAUUUUCAAGUACUCAGAUUAAACCUGGUGAGAUUGACAACCUCAUUGUCAUUCACAUCAAUGGCUCCAGCAAACGUGCUGCAAUCAAGCCUUUUCAGCAGUUAUUUAACCAAAAUGCCAUUGAGAAAGUGAAUAUUCCCAGAAAUAUCAGCAUAUCCCUGGAGCAAAACGACCUCCUGGCCAUGUGGGAGAAGCCAAUUUCUCCUUUCCACGAGGAAUGUUUUGAAUAUGAAUUUUAUCUCAUCAACCUGAAGUCAGGCAACAAGCAGAUCCUGAAGAUCUCCUCCAACAGUUUCCAGCUGCGGGUGGAUGCCAGCAGCAGAUAUUCCAUCAGGAUCAGGGCCAAGCACAACCACCUCUGCCGUGCCCCAGGGGCCUGGAGUGACUGGAGUGAAAUCAUCUAUGUUGGGCAAAACAAACUGGAGAAUUCCACAGCCUGGAUUCUCACUCUGCUCUGUGUGACCACGUCCUGCACAUUGCUGCUUGUGGCUAUAAUAUGCCAAAUUAACCUCCAAAAAAGAACAGCACCAUUCUGAGGGCACCACCCCAGCAACUCCUCCCUGCAAAGACCUGAGGGGCAA